AUUUAACCAAAAAUAAUAAUGUUAAAAUCGUUUACGUUUCGAAUUAUAUUAAUUUAAAUGAAAAUAAACAAAAUUCACUUCAAAUGUUUGGCAAAAUUAAAAAUUUCUUUCGUAUAUUAUCGAAUUGGACAUUGGAUGUGAAAAUAAAGCAAAUUGAAAAAAAUGUUAUUAAGAAAAUUCCAAUCAACAAUAAUGAUUCAAAAGUCAAGAAAAUUAUAUUUAUCACCAUGGAAUAGUUUUCGUACGACAAGUAUUUGUAAUAUAUUAAAAAUGGGUAAAAAAGAUUCAUCGGAAGAUAAUUCAAAAUCUAUAGCUGUGGUCUUGUGCGGUUGCGGUAGUCUCGAUGGAACAGAAGUCACUGAAGCUGUAUCUGUUGCAAUUCAUUGCAGUCAAAAAGGAUUUAAAACUGAAUUUUAUGCACCUGACAAAAAUCUUUGUGAAGUUAUUAAUCAUUGUUCAGGUGAAAUUGUUAAUGAAACGAGAAAUGCAUUAAUUGAGGCCGCAAGAAUAUCACGAUCAUCAAUAAAACCACUAUCCGAAUGUAAACCCCAUAAUGUUGAGGGUCUUAUUAUUCCAGGAGGACUUGGUGCAAUUAAAACUUUAAGUAAUUUUGCAUCUGAUGGAUGUGACUGUAUAAUUUUGCCCGAGAUGGAAAAACUUAUUGAAGAUUUUUGCUGCUGUAAAAAGCCAAUUGGUGCAAUUUGCAUUUCACCUGUAUUAAUUGCAAAAGUUUUGGAGGGCGUGAAAAUAACAUUAGGCAAUGAAGGUCCUCCUGAGAAAUGGCCAUUUGGUGCUGCUAUUCAAAAAGCAAAAAAAAUGGGAGCCAAAAUUGAAAAGAAAAAUGUGAAUGGCGUUACUUUUUGCAAACAAUAUAAUGUUUAUAGUACACCCGCGUGUAUGUAUGGUCCAGCAACUUCUUGUGAAAUUUUUACCGGAAUUGGUAAAAUGAUUUCAAAAAUGAUUAAAUCAAUGAAAUAAAAAUCAAAAAAUUUU